AUCCCAUCAUCCCAUCCUCUCAUCUUCCUUUCCUCCUUUUCCAUUCAGCCAAUAAACCAUUGUCUUUUGAUCCACUUGUUUUCUUCUCAAGUCAAUUUCAUUCUACACUGCAUCGACUGCAUUCAUUAUCACCAUGAAGUUCUCGGUAUCUCUCCUCAGCAGUGUGCUAUUAGCCACCACUGCCCUCUCUGCACCCCACACCAAGAAUGCAGGACUCUCUCGCCGCCUUCAAAGACGUGCACGCACCAUCCGAGACUCAGGAAACAGAGCCAAGGACUCUAGCACUAAGACAGAAGCCUCACAAGCUGCCAGCUCCUCCUCGUCCUCAAUCGAAUAUAGCGAAAACUGGAGUGGUUUAGCUUACACCUCUCCACCCAGCGGCGAAACAUUCAACGCCGUAUCGGGAAAGUUUACAGUCCCAACUCCUUCAAUACCAUCUGGUGUUGACUCCACAGACGGAGAAUACUCUGCCUCGGCUUGGGUUGGUAUCGAUGGAAACACAUACAGCACUGCUAUCCUACAAACUGGUGUCGACUUUACCGUCUCAACAAGCGGAGAAGUAAGCUACGACGCUUGGUAUGAAUGGUACCCAGACUACGCCUAUGACUUUGACCUCACCAUAUCAGCUGGCGAUGUCAUCGCUAUGUACGUCAACGCCACAACAACCACUUCGGGCUCCGCUACAAUCGAAAACCUCACCACGGGCAAAACCGUCACCAAAUCCCUAACCUCGACGUCCGCCCUCGGCGGCGAGAACGCAGAAUGGAUCGUCGAAGACUUCGAAGAGGGCGACUCCCUCAUCGCCUUCGCCGAUUUCGGAAACGUGACCUUCACCGAGUGUGUCGCAAGCACAAGCUCGAGUUCCGAAGGCGUUACCGAUGCCCAGGUUAUGGAUAUCGAGAACUCCGAUGAUGAGGUCUUGACUUCCGUUACCUUGAUCUCGGAUUCUAGCUUCGAGAUGCAUGGCUGGCCUGGCCAAAGUAUAGUGAAUACAUAUUCUCGCUAA